GGUCCGCAUCCUGCGCGGGCUGGGCGCCAUCCAGCCGGGCGUCAACCGCUGCAAGCUGCUCUCGUGCAAGGACUUCGACGUGCUGUACCGCGACUGCACCACGGCAAGGUGCCUGUCAAUGAAAGCGCCAGACAGACCGGGUCGACCUCCGAAGCGUGCUUCUGGAGUUGGUCUUUCGCUUGCCGCCACGCAGUUCCCGGGGCACCCCUUCAAGAAGCACCGCCUAGAGAAUGGGGACUACUCGCCGUAUGAAAAUGGACAUAUGAGCGAGAUGGCCCGCAUGGAUAAGUCCCCGCUCCUCGCGAACGGGUACAACGCACCCCCCACCCACCUGGGGCCCAUGGGCUUCAUGCACCAGCACGCGCUCAUGUCUCCGGGUAUGCCACACCCAGGCGUGCCCAGGCCUGACGGGUCCAUCAUCAAAGGGCAGCCGAUGCACAACAUGGAAGCAUUAGCAAGAUCUGGUAUUUGGGAGAAUUGUAGAGCAGCAUACGAGGACAUCGUAAAACAUCUCGAAAGGUUGCGUGAUGAACGGGGUGAUAUUGAACGUGUUAUAGCAAUGGACAAGGCGCGCGAGGGUUCACAUAAUGGUUCGUCUCCAGGCCACAGUCCUGUGCUGAACCUUUCGAAGUCAGGCUCCGGUGAGCGCGAGCGGUCCGAGCGGGACCGCGAGCGCGCGGAGCGGGGCGAAGGCUCGGCGAGCGGGCGCAGCUCGGCCGCCUCGCGCCGCACGCCGCAGCCGCCGCGCAUCCCCUCCACCGCCGCGCCGGUCUCCCCGCGCUCCCACUCCGACGAGAGCGACGCUGCUCUGUCUGAUCAAGACGACCAUAACGUCAAAGACGAGGAUGACGGAGCAGAUCUCAGCGAUGGUGAACGAGACCUCGCAACGAAUUCCUCGCCAGCGCCCGUCAGCUACCCCCCACAAGGCUCGCCGUCGAACGUUCCCGUGGACCCCACCGCCGACACCCUGGUCUCCUCCACCGAGACCCUCCUCAGGAACAUCCAGGGCCUCCUCAAAGUAGCGGCGGACAACGCACGCCAACAAGAACGGCAAAUCAGUUACGAAAAAGCGGAACUAAAAAUGGACGUGUUAAGAGAAAGAGAAGUAAAAGACAACCUGGAAAGACAGUUACUGGACGAACAAAAAAUGAGAGUAAUGUAUCAGAAGAGAUUAAAGAAAGAAAGAAAGCAGAGGCAACAAAUUCAAGACCAAUUAGAAUUGGAGUUAAAAAGACGACAGAAGAUAGAAGAAGCACUAAAGCAGUCAGGAGCGCCCGGUGAAAUUCUGAGAAUAGUAACUGAGAAUUUAACACCACCGUCCCAAGAAAAUCGCGAACGUGAGAACGGUACAGAGAGCAAACCGCCAAGUACAGAGCCCCCCACCUCGUCGCCGCCGUUCCAGAGGGACCCCCCGCGCACGCCCGACAAGCCCCAGUGGAACUACCCUCCGCCGCCUGUCGACAUCAUGAGCGGAGGAGCUGCUUUCUGGCAGAACUACUCUGAAUCCUUGGCGCAAGAGUUGGAGAUGGAGCGCAAGUCCCGCCAGCAGGCCAUGGAGAGAGACGUGAAGAGCCCUCUGUCGGACCGCGCCAGUUACUACAAGAACUCGGUGCUGUUCAGCUCGGCCACUUAGCUGACAUGCACCGGGGCUCAAGAAUACCCCGACAACCACUACGACAAAGAAUGCGACGACACGAGAAAACCCAUCAUAAGCGUCAAACCCGAGUUCAGAGAAAAAUAGGACAUCCCAAGAUUUAUCUUCGGAAAGUCCUAUAAACCCGAAGGGUCCCACGUCUUAUCCCGAAACGAUACGCUCGUGUGUAAAUUAAAAAUUAUUUAACUAAUAUUCUUUAGCAUUAAUUUCCAGUGUAUCGGGAUCUCGGUGAAGUAUUUUUACUCGGAGAUUAAUUGUAAAUACUGUUAUUAAAUUCGAAAUAAGAAAGUAGGCGCGAGACGAAGUCGCAAAAACUCUUCUUCCAUAGUGAAAUUUGUAAAUAUUUCUUAAUAUUCCUAGAUUUAAGGUCUCAGCGGUUUUAACGACGAUACACAUAAUUUAUUCGUCACCAUAUUUUAAUCUUUUACGAAAUGUACCUUUAAACUUAUUGUUAAAUGCCAUAUUUAAACAUUAAGUAUGAUUUACAAGUUGUAUAAUAUUUAAAUAGGCAAUCAGCCUUAGCUUACCCUAUUGUUUACAUGAACAAUUCACGAUGUGAACAAAAAUUUCUGUACGUAGUUCAAUAAACGGUUGGAAUUGACCUAAGACUGCUUUUGAAUUGCUUUUAAAACGUUUACAAAAAGUUUCACUUUUCUACUCACUAGUCGAUUAAUUUACAAAAUAAUCCGCAGCAGUGUCAAGCUGUAAAAUAUUUAAAAAAAACAUUUCGAUAUGUUGUUUAUUUCUUAAGAAAGUUAUUUAAAAGUAAAAGAACUAUAAGUAUUCGAUUUGAAACCUUGUUCUUUUCUCGUAAAAAAAUAAUAUUUCUGUCUCGAAAUCGACAAUAUUAAAACGCUUUUAACUUCGUAUUGAUUUUUGUUACUCUUUAUAACAAGAGAAUGGUAAUCCAAAAAACAUUUAAAACAAUCGUUAAUUUCUUCAGUAUGCGAAAUAAAGCAACGUGUGUUUUUAGUUCAACACAAUGUGAUCUUCAAUAUCAUAAAACUUAUUCAAUUUUAGUGCAAUGAUUAGAUGUAACUGAUAACUAGAAUAAUCGUUAACGGAAUAGUAAUGUACGAUAGCUAUAUUGAGUUAGCUGUUUUGAUGGUUAAUUUUACAAAAGAAAACGUUAUUGACUGAAUACCCACAAAUAUGCACUCAGGCGUUCAACGUAAUAUAAGCGGACUUUGUUUUAAUAAUUAAGAUAUUGUACCAUAUUGGUGCUACAUUUUGAAUACACAAAUCUUAAAUUAAAGUAACAAGUUUUAAACUCGAUUCACAUUGAUGCAGACGAAGCGAAUUCUCGCGACAUGUUUUUGAGUAUGUUGAAUUUAUCUCGAUUUAUGAACUUGAAAAUUAAUCCCGAGUAAAAAAAAAUAUAAAGAUGCGUGACGAAGACGCGUGUCUGUUAGCAACGCUACCAGCAAUACUAUACUUUAAUAAAUCGAGAUAAAGUUGAGUAUUGUUUAACGCGUCGCGUUGCUUUAUUACUUUGCUACUCUGUGUCAAUGUGAAUUGAGCGUUAUAGUAGUUCUAUCCUUUUCAUGACUUCAAUGUUGGAAAGAGUAGAACUACAUUUUGACAAGUUGUCUAUUUAGUUUAUGAUUUGUGUUUACCAAAUUGGCACUAUUGUAUCAUAAUCACGAACCAGUCGAUUGUACGUGGGUAGUUAUUCUAUUAAGUGCGGUAGACUUAAACAGUAUAGAUAAAGUAUGGAAUAGUGUUAUUUAUAUCGAUGCUUAGUUUACGAAAUGACUUUAAAUGUCUAAAAUAGAGUAUAUAAGAUUUAGACAUUGUAUCUAGCGCAUUGGCGGUUGACUUCAAACAAUUAACUUUGACAGACGGACAUACGAACGCACGAGUGAUCUAAGGUUCCGAUUAUAUACGUACGUACGUUCGAAACCAAAAAACCCUAAAAUUCCCGUUUGUGAUAUUGAAAUCGUUAAAACGCACGAUCACAAAAAAAUCGUAAAUUCCCUUUUUGCAAAAAAAUGUCUUAAUUUUUUCUAAAGACUUCAAAACUUUUUCAAAAGUUUUUGCAGUGAAUUCAUAAACUUUAAUUGAUAAAAAUCCGUAAGUGGAUAUGAAUGAAGUUAUACUUUAAUUCUAUGUAAAAAAAUAGUGAAGUCACCCGUCAAUACUGAGUAUAGAGCUGGACAUAAUUUCUUACACAUUAUCUGUAAUGGAUAAUAACAACGUAAAAAUAAAACUUAGCUGUUACAAUAAAUGUUUAGAUGAAUGAUGUGCGGUUGUACAUACAGUGUGUGAAUGUGGACAUUCCUAUCAUUUCUUUGAUUUCGAUUACAAAUGUGAGAAAGUUUCACUGUUUAAGGUUCAGGCAGACAGUUGUAAUGCAUUAGCGUAGGUUUUUCCUUUGUCAAUUAUUAUGUCGAGGCUUUUCAGUGUACUUGGUUAUUACAGUGCGUAAAGCGAGUUAUUAUUUAUUAUUUCUAUUAUAAUUAUUAUUAAUAUUAUUAAUUUACUUAAAAUUGUGUGUGUGCCUUGUAUCGUAGAGGAAAAUAUCAAGAUUAAAAAAGAAAAUUAUCA